UCGCAGGUGGCCGAUAAGAUUCAGUCAAGUUCCCAGCAUGCAUUUCACCGCUGCAGUUGUUUUGUGUGCCACAGUCGGUGCUCUUGCCACUGACUCUUCGAAAUUGCCGAUUGUCAACACUGGUCUUGGUGCGAUUAGAGGUUUGGUGCUGCAAUCACGUUUAGGGGAUGAUUAUUUUGCGUUUCGUGGCAUUCGCUAUGCUCAACCGCCGCUGGGGGAGUUGAGAUUCCGAGCUCCAGAACCAGUGUCCGCGUGGAAGGAUGAGUUUGACGCUACCGAAGAUGGACCCAUGUGUCCGCAGCCCGCGUACAAUAAAAGUGAAGUUUCUGAGGAUUGUUUGCGUUUAAAUGUAUAUACGAAGCAAAUUCCAGGUGAAUUGGUUCGAAUGAGACCACGAGAAGUCUUAGUUUAUCUCCACCCGGGUGGACUUUACGCUUUCUCCGGGCAAAGUCACAAUAAUGCUGGUCCGCAGUACUUAAUGGACCGGGAUAUAGUUUUAGUCACGGUUAACUAUCGCCUUGGGUCGCUAGGAUUUAUGAGCACUGGAACAGCAGAGUGUCCGGGAAAUGCGGGUUUUAAAGAUCAAGUUUUGGCACUACGCUGGAUUCGGGAUCAUAUCUCCAGCUUCGGAGGCAAUCCGAAUGCGGUAACUCUGAUGGGCUACAGCGCAGGAGCAUUGAGCACCACUCUGCAUAUGGUUUCGCCCAUGUCCCGGGGACUGUUUCAUCGUGCCAUCGUAAUGAGUGCAUCCGCUGUGAGUCAGGUGAAAGUUCCCACCGAGCAAAUCGAGCUGGCCCGAAAGCAAGCUGCUCAUCUUGGUUGUGAGGUUACUCCGACGGAGAAGAUGGUGGCCUGUUUGCGCCGAAAACCAGCGAUGGAAUUCGGGGACAGUUUGGAGUACAUGUUUGUGAUAUCGUGGAAUCCGGUUCUGCUAUGGAAACCGGUAAUUGAACCGGACUUUGGGCAGGAACGCUUCUUGGAUCGGGAUCCAACGGAAGCUUACUUGAAGGGAGAUUUCAUGAAGAUUCCGGUUAUCGCCGGUAUUACAAAGGAUGAAUUCGCGGGCCCAGCUGUAGCGUUUCUAGCGAAUGAUACUUUGAGGAAUGAGUUGGACAGUAGUUUUGAUACGUUGGCACCGAUAUUGUUUCUGUACGACAGACACACCGAGGAAUCGAAAAACAAGAGCCAACAGUUGAGGAAGGAAUUUUUGGGGGACGAACCACUGAGCUUGAACAAAUCGCUAACGGGGUUGAAUUAUUUGUUUGCAGACAGUUUGAUUGGAUUUGCCGUACAUCGCUUCGUUCAGCUUGCUUCCCGAUACACGACCGUUUAUCAGUACAAGUUUUCCUACGUCGGUCGAUACAGCUUCCUUUACUAUCCAAAGGACAAAAUACCUUACGGAGCUGUUCAUCAUGACGAUCUGUUGUAUUUGCUGUCCAUUCCAUCAAAGGCGCCAAUAUUCAAUGUCACCGAUCCAGAACAUACCACCGUAGAUAGACUUACGGGAAUGUGGACUGCUUUUGCUAAGACAGGCAAUCCAAAUAAUGUAGACUUCAAACCAAUCCCAAACUGGAUUCCAGUCAGCGAAGGCGCCGAUAAUUAUCUCGAAAUUGGAGAGCAGUUGAAAAUGGAGACAGGUUUGUUCAGCGAAAGAUUCGCUUUUUGGGACAAAUUGUUCCCGCUUCCAGCUAUCAACAACGAAACACUAACGACUGUAGAUAGCAAAGAAUAAAACCUUUUACCACUUACCA